GCGACGUAUUCAGAGGCAGCGGAAAGAACGGAAGCACUUGUUCUCGACGGAAGUCAGAAGAGUUCCUUCUUGUACCGGUAUCAACAUCGAAAUUACUCCGUGCACGAACACAUCACAGGGGAUUAUUUGGGAAUUCAUAAUUCCCCAACGUAAGACACCUGUUUUCUACGCCUGAGAAAAGGAAAAUGUCAACUGCUGCAAGUGCUAUGGUUGCAGCGGGGAAUGGUUUACAGAUGUACGACACAUCUUGUUCUUAUCAGCUAGACCUCAAACGGAUGUCCAGCAGUGGUGGGAUGACAGGGCCGACUCCUUCCUCUGUCGCCAUGAACCCAUUUGGGAUAAAAACGGAAGAGUGCAACGGAAACGACUGGACGACGGGUUACCGACUUCCCACCCUCUCCGGUUGCGGUGGCAUGUCUACCUUUGAAGCAUUGAAGCAAUCUGUGGAGAAAGCCAAGGCCGUGUUGACAGCGGAGGCGAGAGACAGCAGGAACUACUUUGGAGCAGGUUUCGGAACUCUGCCCAAUGUGGGAAUGGGAAUGGGGAUGAAUUUAGGGAGCUCGUCCGUCGGUGGGGGUGUGGCUGGUGGGUCAAACCACAAUUCCUCUUCCAAUCGAAUGAGUGACAUGGGUCUGAUCGGAGACUUGAGUCACCAUCUCAACCACUCGUCUCAUCUCAACCAUUCAGCAUCACUACACCAUCAGUCGCACCAUUCGUCUCAUUCCAGCAACAAUAAUAGUCUAGGGCACCAGGAUCGACUCCAGAGCUCUGGUGAAGUGUCUACAUCUUCUCCGCCAGAUCAGAACAAAAGAAGCUCCAACAACAAUAACAAUGGUGUGGAUUCAUCAUCGCCUUCGAUUUCUAAUGGCAAGGGUUCAUCUUCUUCCUCCUACAACUCGUCCCAUGUCAACUCCUCCACAGCCAACAAUUCGGGAAGCGGUGAAACCAAUAAUGUUGGUACUGGUGGUGUUGGGAGCAAUUCAGGUGUGUCCAGCGGAACAGGAAACUCGGCUAACCAUAAUAAUCGCUCUUCUAAAUCAGAUCCCACCUACAAAAGCGCAUGGGGUGCUGCUCAUCCUUCAACUCAAUCUCAGAGUUACACGACCAAUACUUUGAGUGGGAUGGGGAAAAGCAGUUUGGAUACGCAUUCUCAUUUGCGUCAACCGGAUCCAUACCAAAUGUUUGGGGCUACCAGCAGUCGCCUGGCGAGUUCAGGCUCAGGACAAAUCCAACUCUGGCAGUUUCUCCUGGAGCUCUUGUCGGACUCGUCAAAUGCAAAUUGUAUUACUUGGGAAGGCACGAAUGGGGAGUUUAAACUGACCGAUCCGGAUGAAGUUGCGAGGCGUUGGGGGGAGAGAAAGUCCAAACCCAAUAUGAACUAUGAUAAGCUGAGCCGAGCACUGAGGUAUUACUAUGAUAAGAACAUCAUGACAAAAGUGCACGGAAAACGCUACGCAUACAAGUUUGAUUUCCAAGGACUGGCCGCAGCAACGCAACCAGCGGCGACAGACCCAACAGCAUACAAAUACCAGUCCGACUUUUUCAUGUCGAGCUAUCACGCUGGAAGUAUAUUCCCGUCAGCAUCGACUUAUUGGGGCAGCCCCAGUGCGAAUUUGUACUCGAAUAUUGCAGCAGCGUCAGGACAUUCCAUGCCCCCACAUGCCAGUCACAUGACGUCGCAUCUGAGUUCGUAUCCUCACUAUGCGUGACAAUUAGACUGCGGCCAGCAAAAUAUGUCGCACAGGAACAAUGUCUCAGCAUUAGACUUUCCAUUUAUGGACAAGCAGGCUAGUCCCUAUUGCAAUAGCUUAAUGGGGAAGCCAGAGCAGAACAACUAGUCAAAAAUCAAGGCAUUCGCCGUCAUCGCUCUAGUCUGGUCGCAAGACUUGCCAUGAAAAAUUGUAAACUGUUCCAUAUUAAAAGAAACGCAUUCUGGUCGUACAAGUAAAGCUACUACAUAAUAUUAUUUAAAAAAUUGAAGCAUGUAUAAAUGUAUUUAAACAGGGAAUUUUGUGUAAAUACAACCUGUAAAUUCCCAGCGUGUAAAACGGAUUAUCUAUACUCUGCUGUCUAAUACUAAGUAUUUAGAUGUAGAUUUGUAGCCUAUUAAAAAUCCGGGUUAAAAAAAUAUCUAUUGUCAAUUAUUGCUAAAUACAAAUUAAUAUUGUAGAACAGUUUUGUCUUCCCUAUAAGGUUACUACUCAUCACUAUACAAAUAAUGCAUUCCAGUCAUUUGUAGCCAGGUCAUUCCAAUUAAUCCGAUUUUCUCAUUCGAGGAUGCUGGUUUUGUACUCCUACAUGAACAUGCAGACAUAAACCAUACUGGCAAUAAUGUUAGCAGCGAAUUUGAAUCGAAUCAACACUUUGAAUUUCUAAUUGUAAAAUAUUA